UCUCUCUGUCCCUUCCUCUCUCUGAAAUCAAUUUUUUUAAAAAGAUAUCAAAUUGGUUUAAGUUUCGAUGCUUUGUUACAGCAGGAUAGUCUUCCAGGGAGGGACUGGUCUGGGUACCGUGUUAACUGCCACAGAGAAGGCUCGCUGUUAAGCUGUUGUCACUCUGUGUUCCUUAUGUCGUUCUGACCCCGUCAUCUCUCCUUGUCUGGCAGCGGUUGUCGGCUUGCUGUACCCCUGCAUCGACAGUCACCUGGGGGAGCCCCACAAGUUCAAGAGGGAGUGGGCCAGCGUGAUGCGCUGCGUGGCGGUUUUCGUGGGCAUCAACCACGCCAGCGCUAAACUGGAUUUUGCCAACAACGUUCAGCUCUCCUUGACGUUGGCGGCCCUGUCCCUGGGCCUGUGGUGGACCUUCGACCGUUCGAGGAGCGGGCUCGGGCUCGGGAUCACCAUCGCCUUCCUGGCCACGCUGAUCACGCAGCUGCUGGUGUACAACGGCGUCUACCAGUACACGUCCCCAGACUUCCUCUACAUCCGCUCCUGGCUGCCCUGCAUAUUCUUCUCCGGAGGCGUGACGGUUGGGAACAUAGGGCGGCAGCUGGCCAUGGGUGUCCCCGAAAAACCACACAACGACUGAGCCUCCUGCCCGCUGCUUCUGGAGGACAGCAGACGUGGCACCGGCACCGAGCGUCCCUCAGCGAUCUGCGUGGACCGGGCUGAGCCUCACGUGACUCCAGGAAACUCACCCCUUAGAGUAGCAGCUGCGCAGAGGGACAGCUCGCCCGGAAAUGCCACCUCAGCCGCCCCGCGCCUGCCCUGCGACGCUGCGUCCCCAGCGGGGACAGCCGGGCAGCGGGCGGCAUUUGAGUGUUCGAUGCCGUUUAUGUCAUAAAAAGCACGUUGCCAUAUUUCAAAGCCUUGAACUGAAGCCCAGGUCCCAGCUCUUGGUUCGGGGUCGCGCCCACAGCAGAGAGCUUGCUUAACAAAGGCGAGUGUGAGAAAAUAGGAAUGAUGUUUAUCCAAAAGUUUUUUAAAAAUAGGGUUGUGGGGGGGGGGGAGAACAGCUGCAGGGGCGAACGUAGCGGUCACCUCACGAGGCCCGGCACGCUCACGUGGCUGCUCACGCGUGUCACGGCGCACAGCGGAGCCUCCCUGCAGUGUGGCGCCCGGUGUCGACAAUCCUCCCGAGCCGGGCGGCGAGAGGUGGGCUCCGCGUGGCCACCGCGUGUGAAGUUUGGUCUGCGCCGUGCAAUUCUCCGCGAGCCAGGCUGCUGCUCCUUCGAUGCCCCGGCGUCGGUGACUCUCCCACAGCCUUAUGGGAUCUGCAAUCUGUGAUUGCCUUGUACACAGGAGUGCGUCCGUCCCUGCAGCGAACACUCGUGUUUCCGAUCGCGCGGAGGUGUUGGUGAGCACAGUGCAUCGUCCAGUGGCCCUGGCCACAGGAGACCCGGCUUGUAAGUGCCGGGUCCCUGACUUCAAGUGCAAUGUGUACGAAAACCAAUCUGAGCCUUGUAUCCUGUUACGUAUUUAUUUUUUUUUUUACCGUGUGAGAUGUUGGGGAGGGUUCUCCAUUUCAGCGCCGCGUGGAGGCAGAGUCCAGCAAUAAUUUCUUCCAGGUGUGAAGUUCCUUUGUUGCACCCUCCGCCGGGCCCUGGGCCUGGCACAUACUCUAGUUCUGUGGGUUUUAGUAAACAUAAUUUUUACUUACUUUUUUUUUUUUUUGGUAUUUUGAAAUGUAAACGUUUUUGGUUUAAGUUCUGGGAACGUGGCCGGACUAACAGGCUCCUGGGAUGGCAGCCAGCAGUCAGCAACCGAUACGGGGUGGCCUGUCUGUGGAUGGGGGCUCAGUGUCCCGGGACGAUCCUUGUCUCAGUGGUUUUGUUGUUUUGAGGAAAGUCUCUUACAGUAAAUUCUAAGUUAAUACGGCUAAUUUGUUUUAGGAAGAUUUUGUUGAGAGGAAACGUGGUCGUUCUGAACUCUGCAGUGAGUGAGCCCUAAUGCGUUUUCUGAAAAUAUUGCAACGUGGAAAAAUCUUUCCACGGAGAUGUCAGCAUUUCGUGAGGCACUGGGAGGCAUGAACUAGAAGCCGGCGUGGAGUCUUUGAAUCUACCUGAUGAGGGCAAACAAAUAUUUCUUUCUCUCCAACUGUAAGUCAGCCUGUAUCCCUAAGGUACAGUGUCGCCAAAACUGUGAACCCGACGUCCUCUGCCAACACUUCACAGCGAGAACCUGAACCAAAGUGACCCGAGUCUGUAAAAACGCAAAAUCGUGUCAACACAUUUCGCACGACACCAGGUGGAACAGCGUGAGGUUCACAUUCGUACUAAGUUUUCGGCAUUGUGUUCUUUUUGCAUUUUUUUUUUUGUUUUUAAUUUCUAUUAAAGGUUCAAAACCAACCAU